UCCACGUGAAAUUGUGGAAUUCAUUAAGUGAAAACGUGGUCGUUGUCUCCGCCUCCGGAAAUGCGUCACAAGGUCAACAGACGCACACAGGCAACGCGACCAAGAUGGCGGCCUCCUUGUGUCACUUUUACCAGCACUAUGGCAGGAGGAGUUUAGUAUUACUCACUACACGCAGUUGUUUGUCCACAUAUGACAGCUCCCGUGUGCACAGGAUAUGUGGGUCUGUCACAAGUGCCUCACAGGUACGGUAUUUAUCAGCAGACAGAGGAGGGCGAAAAGGCUUUUUAGGUGAAUUUCUGGACACCUUGAAGCAGGAGCUGAAUAAAAACAAGGAGAUGAAAGAGAACAUUAAGAAAUUUCGUGAGGAGGCCAAAAAGCUGGAGGAGUCAGACGCACUUCAACAAGCUAGGCGGAAAUAUAAAACCAUUGAGUCUGAAACAGUGAAGACUUCAGAGGUGCUGAAGAAGAAGCUUGGGGUGCUGUCAGAGACGGUCAAAGAGGGUUUUGAAGAGGUGGGUCGCUCGGACAUCGGGAAAAAAAUCAUGGAGGGCAUGGAGGAAGCAGCAAAAACAGCUAAGCAGUCAGCAGAGAGCGUGUCUAAGAGCGGAGAGAAGCUGGGAAAGACUGGAGCUUUUCGAGCAAUAUCACAGGGUAUGGAGAGUGUAAAAAAGGAAAUCGGGGACAUUGGUCAUAGCGGACCAUAUAGAGCACCCAGUAGGUUACGGAAGAGAAGUGACUUCUCAUCUAAAGCAGCAGAGACUGAAAACAAAGUCUUUGAUGCUAAUGAGGAGGCGACGGGUGUCGUGCUUCACAAGGACUCAAAGUGGUACCAGCAGUGGAAGGAUUUCAAGGACAACAAUGUAGUUUUUAACAGAUUUUUUGAAAUGAAGAUGAAAUACGAUGAGAGUGACAAUACCUUAAUCAGAGCGUCUCGUGCCAUCACGGAUAAGAUGACCGAUCUUAUAGGUGGCUUGUUCUCCAAGACUGAGAUGUCUGAAGUUCUCACUGAGAUCUUGAAGGUAGACCCUAACUUUGAUAAAGACUCAUUUCUUAAACAGUGUGAGAGGGACAUCAUUCCCAACAUCCUGGAGGCUAUGAUUCAAGGCGAGCUUGAGGUCCUGAAGGACUGGUGCUAUGAAGCUACCUACAGCCAGUUGGCCCAUCCAAUUCAGCAAGCUAAAGCGAUGGGACUGCAGUUUCACUCGAAGAUCCUUGACGUCGACAAUGUAGAUCUGGCCAUGGGGAAAAUGAUGGAACAAGGCCCUGUCCUCAUCAUCACCUUCCAGGCCCAGCUGGUGAUGGUGAUCCGUAACACCAAGGGUGAAGUGGUGGAGGGUGACCCGGAGAAAGUCCUCCGGAUGAUGUACGUUUGGGCUUUGUGUCGAGACCAGGAGGAGUUCAAUCCCUAUGCUGCCUGGAGGCUGCUGGACAUCUCGGCUUCAAGCACAGAGCAGGUCCUCUGAGGAGCCUGAAUGUGGACACACAAACGCAAACACACGGCUCAGGAUGGAAGGAAGUGGCUGUGCACACACACUCCACUGUGUGACACUUUCCCUGAAGCAUGACUGUACUACAUGAGCCGUGUCGUAUCACUGGACCUGAGAGUGAUGUCACACGGUUGGAUGUACGUGACUCUCGCUGAUUGUGUUGCAUUUCCACUGCAGAUUUGUGUUCAGUUCGUCCCUAUGCAGUGGGGUGUGUGGAAAAGCAGUGCCAUUUAUAUCAAAUAAUGACCUUAAAGGGAUAGUUCAAACGGAUAUUCUAACUUCGCUACGGAUAGUGGAAAAGUUCAAAAGCCAACGUAAUUCUAAAAUCCACCUAUUAUUAGCUACAUUAGCAUUUUUGCCCAGACUAUAUCUUUAAUGGUUGAGAUUUGUAUAAUACAAUCAUUCCCAGAAGUUUAUGAUCAAAUAAACUAUAACUGUAAGAACA